AUGACGAGAGCACGCGCUUCCACGACGGGCGACGCCGUGCCCAAGGCAUCGUCCCCUGUGCCCGACAGCCUUCCCUCGAUCCGCUUCUCGGCCUACUACGACCCCCGCGCAACGCGCCCGAGCCUGACGUUCCCGCCCGUAUCGCGAACUUUGCCUGGCGGCAACGAGAUCAUUCGGGUUGGCCGCUACUCGGAGCGAGACAACCAGCCGCCCGUGCCUGCCAACACCCCUUCGGCCGCCCCCGUGGGCUUUAAGAGCAAGGUUGUCAGUCGACGACACUGCGAAUUUUGGUACGAGGAUGGGAAAUGGUACAUCAAAGACGUCAAAAGUUCCUCGGGCACUUUCCUCAACCACAUCCGCCUCAGCCCUCCCGGCACGGAGUCGAAGCCGUUCCCUGUUAACGAUGGCGACAUCGUGCAGUUGGGUAUCGACUUCAAGGGCGGUGAGGAAAUGAUUUUUCGCUGCGUGAAAAUGAGGCUGGAGCUCAACCGUGGCUGGCAAAACAAGCUCAACACUUUCAACAUGGCAACACACAAGCGUCUACGAAAUAUGACUUCUGCCAACUCGGCAAAUUCUUCAUCGACCCAGGACUGUUCCAUUUGUCUCAACUCAAUCGCGCCAUGCCAGUGCCUGUUCGUGGCGCCUUGCUCGCACACCUGGCAUUUCAAGUGCAUCCGCUCUCUAUUGAAUUCCCCACAAUAUCCCAUUUUCGUGUGUCCGAACUGCCGCAUGGCUGCCGACCUCGAGGCGGACAUUGAGGAUCCUGCAGAAGACUGGGAGCAAAUGGACGAAGACGAGGAGCUUGAGCAGAAGGAGGAGGCCAAGGACAAGGCCGUGGUUCCAAGCGACCCUCUCCCCGCCCCCGUCGCGGUUUCGGCAGAAAGCUCGCGGCCUGUGUUGCCUGAGAUUGGCACCGAGCCUGAUGCUAUGGAUUUCACCGUGGCCUUGGAUCGGGCCCGCACCAUGGCUGAGAUGCCUCCACCGCAAUCGGUUGCUCCCCACGCCACUAUUGAACCUGUCCCGAUUCCUUCGGUCGGGCCAUCACAAGCGGCCGCUCCACGUACUGGCCGUGACACCCGGACGCCUUCCCCCAUUGGAAACCACCUGACGAACGGUACUGAAGGUCCCAUCACCCCGCGUAACGACGCCGGGCCAUGGGUAUUUGAUGGAAGCGCCGGUCGCCGUGCUGCGGAAGCUGCCAACGGGAUGAGAAGUCUUGACGAGGCUGCAGAGAUGGACGUUGACCGGUAG